UUUUUUUUUUUUUUUUUUUUUUUUUUUGGAGACAAGGUCUCAAUGUAGUCAGGCUAGUUUCUAGUUCAUUAUGAACAUCAUUUGAUACUCCUGCCUCCCCCUUGCUGUGCCGUGGAUGAAACCAGGGCUUUUGUGUUUUACCAUCUAAGCAGCUACAUUCCAGCCUCUGAGAAGAAACUUGUUACUGAGAGAGGCGAGGCACAAAGGGCAGUAGAAAACAGGAAAAUCAAAUAGAGGUUAUAAACACUGCAUGUGUCUAACGGAGAAAAGCACCCUCAAGUGCCUCUUCACCAAGCAGACACUGCUGACUUUCUGCUGGAGCUCCCCUGGAGGUUUGUUUGUUUUUAAAAUGUAUCAGUGUUUGUUUGCAUGUAUGUAUGUAUGUAUGUAUGUAUGUAUGUAUGUAUGUAUGUAUGUAUGUAUGUGUGCUGCAUGUGUGCCUGUUGCUAUGGAAGUCAGAAGAAGGUCCCUGGAACUGGAGUUAACCCCUCAUGUGGGUGUUGGGAGCUGAGAGAGCAGCCAGUGCUCUUACCGCUGAGCCAUCCCUCCAGCCCACUUUUGUUGCCAUUGUUGUUUUGAUGUGCUGGGAGUGGAACUCAGGGCCUUACCGGGCUGGACAAGUACUGGACCACUGACCCACUCCUCCAGCCUUCUUGUUCUUCAUUUGUUGUUGCUACUUUUUGUUUAAUACCUGGGUAGGAUUGAGAUUAUGUUCUCACCCAAUUUUUUAACAUUCUGUUUUGUCUUUUCUUUAGAAUUUGUUUCAAAUUUAUAGUAACAUCUUUAACAAAUCUACUGAUUUGACAUUUUUUCCAGACAGAAAUACUAAGUUGUGAACAUCUUUGGGAUAAAACUCAUUGUAGGGUUUAGGUUUAUUCCUACAGACCGGACAUUGGGAUGACUUUCCAAGUCAAUUGAUACAUAGUCUUGUACUUCACAGUGACAUUGCACUCAGUGAUAGACUGCCUACAGAGGCAUAUACCAGACUAGCUAUGUAUUACAUCUUACCAUCUAGGUUUGUGUAAGUAUACUUUAUCUCACAAUGAAGUCCUUCCUCAGGCUACGUCAUUAACUGAAUAUAAAAUAUAGAAAUUCUGGAUAUACAUUUGCUACCUAUAAAAAGGUAUUUCUGCCAUGUGUUAAGUGCUUGGGAGACUGGGGACAGGAGGAUUGAGUUUCAGGCCAGCUGGGCUACACGGAUUUUUACCGAAAAGGAAUUUCUGAGCUCCUGUACAUAGAAGUAGUUCUCAGCAGUUACUGGGUUCUGUGGUAGGAGUCCCCUGUGGAGACUUGGGUCACACAUCUCUCGACCCCAGUACUUAUGUGUUGUACUCCUUUCUAAGUCCUUGUUCAUUUCAGCAGCCAUUGCUCUGCUCUUGGUUCAGAUACGUGUUGAGGGGCUGCAUGCCAUUUCAGCGUUUAUCCGACUAAUUGAUUUGUUUAUUUCAGGGUGCUAGGGAUUGCUGAGCAACAUCCCUAGCCCAGCUACUGUUUCUUUAUCCUCAGAAUUUGUAUGACCUGGAUGAAGAUGAUGACAUUGUAGCACCCGUUCCUACUAAGCAGAUGAAGUUUGCAGCCCCUGGCAGCCUUGUUCACCACACGACUGGAAUGAGUAGUCCCAAGCUCUCCAUGUCCAAGACCCUCCCUCUCACAAAAGUGGUCCAAAACGAUGCCUACACCGCUCCUGUUCUCCCCUCCUCUGUUCGAACCAAAGCCUUGACCAACAUGUCCCGGACACUGGUGAACAAGGAGGAGCUUCCCAAAGAGCUGCCACCUGCCGAGCCUGUGCUUAGCCCCUUGGAAGGCACCAAGAUGACUGUGAAUAAUCUGCACCCUCGAGUCACAGAGGAGGACAUAGUUGAGCUUUUCUGUGUGUGUGGAGCUCUCAAGCGGGCUCGACUGGUCCAUCCUGGGGUAGCAGAGGUUGUUUUUGUGAAGAAGGAUGACGCCAUCACUGCUUAUAAGAAGUACAACAACCGAUGUCUGGAUGGGCAACCUAUGAAGUGCAACCUUCACAUGAAUGGGAAUGUCAUCACCUCAGACCAACCCAUCCUGCUGCGGUUGAGUGACAGCCCCUCAGUGAAAAAGGAAAGUGAGCUGCCGCGGAGGGGCAAUCCUGUCUCUUCCAACCCUCCUGCCGAAGUGGACCCUGACACCAUUCUCAGAGCACUCUUCAAGUCCUCGGGGGCCUCUGUGACCACACAACCCACAGAAUUCAAAAUUAAACUUUGAGGAGGGGAUUGAGGCAGUCAGAAACAGGGCAGAGGAGGGGUGGCUCUGUUUCCCAAGGCAAAGUUGAGACCAACGGGCUGGGCCGUCGGACUGAAGCCCCCGAGCAAGGGACAAGGUACCAGGGAGAGCUUCUUCGCUGGACGGGACCCACCUUUCUGUGUUGUUCUACACCUUGCCCUUCUGUGUGUUACGUUUCUGUAGUAGGUUUCCUCUUUCCUCCAUUCAUCACCAAGGUAGGCUGUGUUUGUCGUGUGCCUCCCCUAUCCUCGGCCCCUAGCUGAUUUCUUCCCUAGAAAUGGUGCACUGUUUCCCUGGGUGGCCUUCUUGUGGCCCCAUGGGACACAGUGCAGGAGCAUGUUGGAAAGUGCUUUUUUUUUUUUUUUUUUUUUUUUUAAAUGUUUUGUUCUCAAGAGUUUUCUUGUUCAGUUGAAGUUUUCAAACAAAACGGAAUGAAUGGGACCUCCUGCCAUUCUGUGGGCACUCAGUCAGCCAGGGGGCUGCAUCAGGUCACUGGCUUCUUGUGUUCUCACCACUGUCAUCUCCAGGACUGACUGCUAAUGUGCAGCUCUAUGACGGGCAGGUAGGGCGGCUGUGUUGCCUGUUCUUGGCUGCCUGUGCUGUUUUGGACAGUGUCCCAGAGUUCAUGGCCCCUUGUUAGUGUUGUGCCAAAGGCCUUGGUUCAGUUCUUUGAGCUUCCGUAUGGGAGUAAGGAAGGGACCUGUGCCUAUUAGCCCUCUUGGUUCUCACCUGAUAGGGCAGCAUCAAAGCCUGGCUUUGGUGCCAGUGCCAGCUGCAAGUUGGUUGAGCCUUUUUCCAGGUUCUACCCCAGGCUGCAGCACAGAGAACUUGGGGAAGACUGAUUGAAUCAAAGCCAUUGGCUGGCUCUGACUCUGCUUUUCUGGCUUCGGCUAUCUACAGAACAGCAGUCAGGGUUGCCCAAAGUGCAGCUGCCACCAGGGCAUUUUCUCUGCUAGUGUAAGUGACCCACAUUGAUGAAUGGUCUGAGUAGAGCCAGGCUACAAAGCAAGCUGGUGGGUUACUGGGUACAGUGUACUCCUACAUUGUUAGUGUAGGACUUAGGCAGGUGCCGAGUGUCAAGUAGCAGCAUUCCAGAGCUGGUCAGUAGUCCCCUGACAGUGGGAACAGAAGAUGCUAAGCUGUCAGAGCUGGAGCAGGAUUCUAAGGGCGCACAUGAUCAGUAGUGUGUGCUGUAAAGGGACAAGCCGAGGAAGUAAAGGAAGCUGAGGCAUGGUGACCCAUUCAAGGCUAGCCCAGGAAAGAGAACUUCAACUAAUUAUUCUUUCCUGAGUUCCAUCUGCCCAGCUGGAAGGGUGUUUUGAGUCAGAAUCAGCCCUUCAGCUCUGAGGUUGCCCAGCAGAGGAAUCCAGGAAUGACAUCUGGGGUGUCCACAUCUAAAGAAGCCUCCUUCUCUUAAACCCUUCUAAAUGGGUACAAACUUAAUUCUUCUCAGAAACUGGAAGACAUUCCUCGGUGUUUAUCCCUUCCUGGCCCAAGAGAACACCCCCAGACAAAAGGGCCUCACUCCUCUGCCACUGGGAACAGUUGGCAUGCUUUUUGCUUUGUAUAGAGGAGGGAUGGCUGAGGCCCUUCCUGGUUCCCCUACUCUCCUUGAGCCAGGCGUGCAGUGAUGGUACACUCAACUGAGUCAGCCUCACCCUCCUGGCCAUGUGGUACUUUGGGGAGUGGGGCGUUUACCCCUCCUGCAUUUCAGAAUGUCAUCUUGGGAAACAGAAAAGAAGAUGGGCCAACCCUCAUGUCCCCUGCUCCCUUCCAUUACUUCUUUGUGUCUUGUUUAGGAGAGAAAGGCAUUGUGGGAUGGAGGGGCUUGUUACUUUCCAUUUCUCAAUAAAUGUUUGUUAUUCCUAA